GUGUGUCUCCCAAACGACCAAAAACGAAAGUACACCAACUGUGGAAGAGUGAACUUUGUAACAAAGCAUGUUUACUUUCAUCUACACAUCUUAAAAUAAGGAUGAUGGUUGUUGGUGUGACUCUCCUGAUUUUCUACAGCUUUAUGGAAUCUCAUUCAGAGCAAUUAAAGGUGGUUGGUCUGGAAGCUUCUCUUGAUGCUGUUGCUGGUGAAAAUCUGGUCCUUCCUUGUUUCAUCAAACCCAACACCAGUGCUGUGGACAUGACAGUGGAGUGGCUGAGGAUAGAGGAAAUGACUUCAUUAGUGCAUCUCUAUAGGGAUCAUGGAGACAGAUAUGAAGAUCAGGCUCAGUCAUACAGAGGAAGAACAUCACUGUUCAAAGAAGAGCUACAGAAAGGCAACGCUUCACUCAAACUCUCAUCUGUCCGAGUUUCUGAUGAAGGAAAAUAUAAGUGUCUCAUUGAAGACAAAUCCUGGUAUGAUGACAUCAUUGUUCACAUCAGGGUUGAGGCUCAGGGAAGCCACCCAGUGAUCACGAUGGAGAGUUAUGAUAACUCAGGAGGGGUUAAUCUAGUGUGUGAGUCCAGAGGCUGGAACCCUGAACCUGAUGUUCUGUGGCUGAAUAAAGAAGGAGACACUCUGCCUGCUGAAGAGACACAGAUACACAGAGACACUGAGGGCUUCAGUGUGAAACGCCGCAUCACUGUUCAUGAUUAUAGUGACUCCAACAGAUUUUACUGCAGACUUCAACAGAAGCAUCACAUGAUAGAAGCAGAGGUCAUUAUUAAUAGUAAAGUCUUUGAGGCUUGGAAGUGGGACGUCGGCAUUUCAGUGUCAGCAUGUCUUAUUACUCUCGGAGCAAUAAUAACUGCAGUUAUCUGUUACAAGAAAGCCUCAGCGCUUCAAAGGGAGAAGCAAGAAGCAGCCUCAGUGCUUCAAAGGGAGAAGCAAAAAGCAGCCUCAGAGCUUCAAAAGGUGGAGGAAUACGCAGAGCUGCAGAGACGGAGAGUGGAAGACGAGUUUAUAAAGAAGAAGUCAUUUUCAGUGGAUGUGACUCUGGAUCCUGAUACAGCUCAUCCUGAACUCAGAGUUUCUGCUGAUGGAAAACAAGUGACACAUGGAGACACAGAACAGGAGAAUCUCUCUGAUACACCAGAGAGGUUUAAAUAUAAUCGCUGUGUUGUGGGAAAGCAGAGUUUCUCCUCAGUGAGAUUUUGUUAUGAGGUUCAGGUCAGAGGGAACACUUUGUGGAGAUUAGGAGUGAUGAGAGAGAGCGUUAACAGGAAUAGGAGUAUUAUAGAAAGACCUCAGUGUGGAUUCUGGACUUUGGAACUGGCGAGGAAUCAGUACAGGGCUUAUGCUGAUCCUGAUGUCCCCCUCACACUGAGAGAGAAGGUGGAGAAGGUGGGGGUGUUUGUGGAUUAUGAGGAGGGUCUGGUCUCCUUUUAUGAUGUGGAGUCCAGAUCUCAUAUCUACUCUUUCACUGGUCAGUCUUUCACUGAGAAACUCUAUCCAUACUUCUAUACUUGGGACAAUAAUCCACUGAUCAUCACUGCUGUUACUGAAUAAUCAUCUGAUUUAUAGUUUAUAACAUUUUAUACUGUAUGUUUUACAGCUGGCUAUAAUCAUCACUUACUUCUAAAACCAAAAUAAUAAUUUGUAUUAAAUAUAAUUAAAGACUAAAUGUUAUUGUGUAUAAAAUAAAUAUAAAUUCUAUAAACAGUUGAAACAUGUUGAGUCUAUAAUGAAGUGU